CUCCAGGUACAGACUCCAGCCAUGCCAGACCAUCUCCCCACCCUCUAGGUCUAGGACACUAGCGCCAACGACAAUGGUCACUUGCCGCUACACUGUUAGACAGUAGCCAGCACACUCCACAAGCUUCUUCUCUUGCAGGCUCCAGCUGCAGCCCGGCCGGCCUCCUUCCCUAGGAUUCUUUUGCAGCUUCCAUUGUCUCCCCGGCUAUUUAACCCACCCACCCCCGCUUCGUCUCCCAUGUCCCAAAGCAAAGCAAAACAAAGCUUCAAAGCAUCUCUGCUGGGAUUUUAGCAAGCGGCAACGACGAGCGACCCAAAAAAGCAAUCAAUAGUCACCAUAUCUGCUCCUCUCGCUCCACACCCCCCUACUCUGCGACUUGAGGCAGGACAGGAGGCAGAGACGGGCAAUGGGGUUCGUGCUGGUGGUCUCUCUGCCCUUCAUCUUCCUCUCCAUCCUCCUUGGCUUCGGCUGCUACUUCCUCGGCAAGCACAUGGGCCGGGAGGAGAUGCGGACCGGUGUCGGCGCGUAGAUAUACGGCACGCCGCUGCCGCCGCCCGGCGUCGUCGGAGCCUCCUCGCCGCCACCUCAGCCGUUCCACAGUAAGAAACAAUGGUCCGAGGCUGUGUGACUCAGAUUCAGACGUCUCUCCAUCCAUUCUACUAGUACUACUACAUAUAUGUCUUGGUGGUGAUGUUGGAUUUAUAUUCUUUCUUCUUUAAUUUUGCCCUAGCUGUCUUGAGAGUGUAGAUUGAGAGUCAAAUAUGUGCUUGUGUCUAAAGAUGGUGUGUGUGUGUGUGUGUGGAUGUUGUGAUACGAUUGCAAUCACACUUUAUAUCUUCUGUAAUCAAGCAAAAACCAAUGCGUUGCAGUAGAA